CGAGGAUGGCAUGGCCGGCACGACGUGCCCGAUCCCGCCGGGCGCCAACUUCACCUACAUCAUGCAGGCCAAGGACCAGAUCGGCACCUACUACUACUUCCCCUUGCUCGCCUUCCACAAGGCUGCCGGCGGCUUCGGCGGCAUCCGCGUCCUCGGCCGCCCCCAGAUCCCCGUCCCCUUCCCGCCGCCCGCCGCCGACUACACCGCCCUCAUCGGCGACUGGUACAGGGCCAACCACACCGACCUGAGGUACGUUCUUGACAGCGGCAAGGCGAUCGGCUUCCCUGACGGCCUGCUCAUCAACGGCCGGGGCCCCAACGGCUACACCUUCACCGUCCAGCCUGACAAGACGUACCGCUUCCGGAUCACCAACGUGGGCCUGGCCGCCUCCCUCAACAUCCGGUUCCAGGGCCACACCAUGAAGCUCGUCGAGGUGGAGGGCUCCCACACCAUGCAGACCACCUACUCGUCCCUCGACGUGCACCUCGGCCAGUCCUACUCCGUGCUCCUCACCGCUGACCAGCCCGCCUUCGACUACGCCGUCGUCGUCUCCACGCGCUUCACCACCAAGAUUGUUGGGGAUUGGACCUUCGGGUCAACCCCUCACCCUCGGAAAUGCUCCCUAACAUAUUUGCAGGGUCCCAACGAGAUGGAGCCAAGCAUACCCAAAGGUAUCGGAUGAACACUAAGAAGCGCAAGCGCAAAGACCAUGACCUUCGAUACGAAGAAUAUCACCUUCCGUGGACUGAAGGUGACGGAUGGCUGCCCAGAAGCGCAAGCAUAAACACAGGAACCUUCGGCUACGAAGGAUAUCGCCUCCUUUCGGCCGAAGGUGACGAAGGGUUGCUCAGAGGCACAUGUUCGAAGACCAGGACCUUCGGGUAAAGGGAUCAACUUCGGGAACGAAGGUGGCGGCUGAUUGCUCGUUGAUAGAACCUUCACGGCUCCGAUCCCCAGAGGUCCCCGAAGGUUGUCAAAACCUUCGUCAGCUGUAGAUAUGUGUGUAAAACAUGAACACGUGAGAAUGUCGGAUUUGUACACCUCUCGGUUACGUGAGAAGGUCGGAUUUGUAAACCUCUCACCUUGUAAUUUUACCCCGAAGACGGCUAGAAGUGA